CAAAGAAAAAAUAUUGUCAUCUUUUGAUGUUUGACAUAUCCGAUCCAAACCAAGAGACGGAUUCGUGCAACAAUGGAUUUUAUAAUGAUGAUGGUUUAAAAUCUUGUUCCAAUGGUUCUUCACAGAAGGCAUCAACCGCAGUUAAUCAAAAGUCACUUGUAAACAAGCCCACGAAACAACGCAAAUCUCGAUCAAGGAAACCAAAAAGAACUCCUCGUCCACCAAAUGCUUUUAUUUUAUAUCGGAAAGCAAAACAACCUGAUGUUGUCGCUCAGAAUAAAAAUUUAACAAACGCUGAAGUAUCUAAAGUUAUUUCUAAAAUGUGGUGGAAGGAAACUGAAGAAGAAAGAUUUCAAUGGGAAAAACGCGCUGAUAGAAUGAAAUUAAAACAUAUGCAAGAUUAUCCAGAUUAUGUUUAUCAGCCAAAAAAACCUGGUACUAAAAAAAGAAAAUCAACCCAACGUAACGAUAAAUCCAAUAAACCUACCAGUGAUGGAAAAAAUGUAAAUAGGGUCACUUCUUCAUCAACUCCUUUCUUAGUCUCAGAAAAAAAUUUUGUACCAGAUGAAACAAUCACUGCCAUUGCUGAAGUUGCCUUCGCAGUUGGAAAUAAAUCUAAUUAUUCAAUGCCGCUCACAUCAAGUAUACCAUCUCCCCCAUCAUCCAUC